AUGUCAAACAAUAGUCAAAUUUACCCAAACGACCUUUCGUCCACAUUCAAUAGCAAUUCCACAUAUGACACAACAACAACAACCACAACAUCAGCAGCUUCUAUCCCUGUUAUUGAACAAGCCUGUGAUUCGUGCAGAAAGCGCAAACUCAAAUGUUCAAAAGAAUAUCCUCGUUGUUCGAAAUGUAUCCAACAUAAAUGGUGUUGUUCCUACUCGCCAAGAACAGUAAGACUGCCUUUAACUAGAGCUCAUUUAACCGAUGUCGAAACAAAAUUGAGUAAAAUGGAAGAUAUUUUCCAUCAUUUAUUACCAAAUUAUGAUUUAGAUGACAUCUUAAACAAUUUUGGCAAUUUUGAAGAAAGGUUGAAACUGGUGAAGGAUAAAUUGAGCGAGGGACAAGAUGAUGGUGUAAAUGACGCUAACGAGUUGCAAUUUAGCCAACCUUUUGAUCAAGCGUCGCAGAGCAAUAAUGAAAUUGAACAACAACCUCUACCACAAGCUAUACAGAGAGAAAUUGCCAAUUUCAAUCUACAGCAACCACCACAACAGCAACAGCAAUCAGAGCAAAUACCACAACAGCAACAGCAACCACAACAAAUACCACAACAAAUACCACAACAGCAACAGCAAGCAGUACCAACACCGGCAUCACAGCCCGACACGACAAUCCCCAGAAAACGUCCUUCAUGCUACGGCUUCGCAACUCAACCCCACUCCCUUGCCCAAUCACCAAUUUACGAAGACGACUUGUUUUCCACAUUCCCACUCCAACAGUCCAAAUCACAUCCCAUAGAGUCACAAUUUGAUUUCCCCAUUGACAAGUCCAAAAUAAAACAAGAAAUCAUUGAUGAUUUCCUCUUGAAUAAUAUACCCACGUCUUCAAGCGCCAAUUCUAUUCCCAACUCAUUAUUCAACAAAAGCACCACCAAAUUAAACAACAAUUACAACCAUUCAAGGAAAUUCAACAAUGACUUUUCAUCAUUCUUGAAUACUACCGAAAACAGUUUAUUGACUUCACCUUCAUCAAUACUAAGCUUGAAUUCAAUGAAUAAUGACGAAAUCGAUCCAGUUCCAAAGAGUAAAAAAGUUAAAGUUGAGAACGACAAUGGUUACUACGGACAAGAUGUAAAUAUAUUGGCCAUGGAUAACAACAGCAACAACAACAACAGUAACAAUGCUAAUUGGCUUUCGCUUGAUUUUUAG